AGGUAGAGAAAGCACAGCUCCAGGAAUUGGUUGCUCCGCCGAAAAAGUCUUGGUUCACCUCUUUGAAGGGUGCGGUGCAAGGAGAUCAAGACCCGACCGAUGCACUCGUUGCAAAAUACAACCAGGGUCAGGACUCUGAUGAAGAAGAGAACGACGACUACGGCGCAGAGGUGCGUCCGCCCAAACCCUUUGUGGAUACGCCGCUCUUCAACAUGUGUUUGGGUGUGGUGAUUGCAUUGAAUUCGGUGACCAUUGGUCUGGAAACCGACUCUGUGGCCCAUGCUGUAGCGACCCAAGAGGAACACGAUGAUCACCUAUGGUACAUCGUGGAGCUGAUUUUUUGUAUCAUUUUCCUCUUCGAAUUGUUGCUGCGUUUGUACUUCCAUCGCCUGCGCUAUUUCACCAACCCCGUGACCCGCGCCUGGAACGUUGCGGAUUUCAUCAUUGUCAGUGUGUCUGUGGUGGAUACCAUGAUUCUGAUCCCCUUUGGAGUAGGUGGUACAGCCAGGGUGGUUGCCAUGUUGCGUUUUGUUCGCAUGAUGCGUUUGGCACGACUGCUGCGAUUGCUGAAACUCUUCAAGGAGUUGUGGCUGAUGGUCAGCGGUUUGCUGCAGUCAUUGAAAACCUUGGGCUGGAUCUGUUUGGUGGCACUGCUCUUUUGCUACGCCUGCGCUAUCAUUUGCACCACGGUCAUCGGGCACAACGAUGAGUUGUAUGACCCCUACUUCGCCAAGUCCGGUGGUUGGGAUCAUGAAGUCUACUUCGCCACGGUUUGGAGAUCUACCUUCACCUUGUUUCAGAUCAUGACUUUGGAUCAAUGGAAUGAAAGUGUGGUGAGACACGUGGUGGCCAACCAGCCUGUCAUGUUGAUAUUCUUCCUGAUCUUCGUGUGCAUCAGCAGCUUGGGUUUGAUGAGCAUCAUGAUUGGAGUCGUGGUGGAAAACACCUUGGCCACGGCCAACAAGGAUCAAAACAAGUUGAAGGCCAGGAGGGAACGAGAUCGGAAACAGGUCUUUGGACAGUUGCAGGAGAUUUUUGAAAUGGCCGAUGUGGAUGGCAGUGGCACUUUGAAGUUGGAAGAGGUGGAAAGUGCGAUCCAAAAACCGGAGAUUUACAACAAGCUGAAGAUGAUCGAUUUCCCAGUGGAUGAUCCCGGACAGAUCUUUGCCCUGUUGGACUACGACGAAUCCGGUGAGUUGACCACGGAGGAAUUCAUCACGGGAUGCAUUCGGAUGAAGGGACCCGCCAAGUCCAAGGACCUCUUGGUGGCCCAGGUCGGUGUCGACUCCAUGCGGAAACAGUAUGCCCUCUUCGAACAGGAGAUGGAGAAGUUCCACGCGAAGGUGGCCAUGUUGGACGCCACGAUUCGCGCCGUGAUGUCCCACGGGGAGCACGUCUUCCUGGACACCCGGCAGUACCGCAUGCGACAUCCCGACUUCCGGGCGCAGACCAUCAAGCGCCUGCAGACCGCGGAGUUCGAAAACAUGCCUUGGAAUAAGGAAGGUGAAGCCAAAGAGAUGAGUGCAGCGGCGUUGGACAAUGGCACCGACGUGCAGGCCAUCACAGAUGGACCACGUGAUGCCGCAGCAGAACUGGCGUUGCCAGGGGCGCCAGCACAGCCCGCCCUGGGAGAUGUAGGAGCAAAAGCUUUGGAAGACAAAGGCGAGGAGUAUGCUAUUGCCGUGCCUGGCUCUCUUUCGAACUGAUGGGGCCAUGCAAACAGGCCACAGCCACCCUGUUUUUUUGGGACGACGAGUGUGCACAUCUACAUGUAGUAUGCG